UCCACCCAGGUCGCAGGCUGCGCGGUCGGUGGCCGCGAUUUCCCGCCAUUGUGAGAAGUGGAGGUGGGGACCACUGUGCCGCUCCUGCCACGGGUCAGCAGCUCCGAGGCGCUCGUCACCGCGGCAGCGUCUCCCGGAGGCCCGCGGCUCGCGACGCCCCGCGCGUGGGAGGGCGCGGACGAGCCCCCGAGGAGCCGCCGGGUUCCGAGCGCGCUCGGCCCACGGAGAAGCGCCUCACGGGCCGCGCUGGCCCCGGCUCUCAGCGCCAUGCCCUGUGGAGAAGACUGGCUGAGCCACCCGCUCGGCAUCGUGCAGGGCUUCUUCGCCCAAAAUGGAGUUAAUCCCGACUGGGAGAAGAAAGUUAUAGAAUACUUCAAGGAAAAGCUGAAGGAAAAUAAUGCUCCUAAAUGGGUACCAUCAUUGAAUGAAGUUCCCCUUCAUUAUUUGAAGCCUAACAGCUUUGUCAAGUUUCGUUGCAUGAUUCAGGAUAUGUUUGACCCUGAGUUUUACAUGGGCGUUUAUGAGACAGUUAACCAGAACACAAAAGCACGGGUUCUUCAUUUUGGAAAAUACAGGGAUAUAGCAGAAUGUGGGCCUCAACAGGAGCUUGACUUAAACUCUCCACGAUCUACCACGGCAGAAAGACAGACCUUCUACUGUGUCCCAGUGCCUGGAGAAUCUUCAUGGGUCAAAGAGGCCUAUGUCAAUGCAAACCAAGCUCGAGUCAGUCCCUCGACUUCCUAUACUCCCAGUCGGCACAAGAGGAGUUAUGAAGAUGAUGAAGAUAUGGACCUACAGCCCAACAAGCAGAAAGACCAACAUGCAGGUGCCAGGCAAGCAGGGGGCCUCGGUGGUCUUCACUGGAGCGGAGAGCCAAAACGCUUAGAAACUGAAGCUUCCAGUGGGCAACAGCUGAACUCCUUGAACCUCUCUUCUCCAUUCGAUCUGAACUUCCCCCUGCCAGGAGAGAAGGGCCCUGCCUGCCUCGUUAAGAUCUAUGAAGACUGGGACUGCUUCAAAGUCAACGACAUUCUUGAGUUAUAUGGUGUGCUGUCUGUAGAUCCUGUCCUAAGCAUACUGAAUAAUGAAGAAAGGGAUGCUUCUGCACUGCUGGACCCCAUGGAGUGCUCAGACAUGGCAGAGGAGCAGAGGGUGCACAGUCCUCCAGCUUCGUUAGUGCCAAGAAUUCAUGUCAUUUUAGCCCAGAAGCUGCAGCACAUCAAUCCUUUGUUACCCACUUGCCUUAACAAGGAGGAGAGCAGAACCUGUAAGUUUGUAUCCAGUUUCAUGUCUGAGUUGUCUCCAGUCAGAGCAGAGCUGCUUGGAUUCCUCACUCAUGCACUCUUGGGAGAUAGUUUGGCUGCAGAAUACCUUAUAUUACAUCUCAUCUCAACAGUAUAUACAAGAAGAGAUGUUCUUCCACUAGGAAAAUUUACAGUUAACCUGAGUGGCUGCCCACAAAAUAGCACCUUCACAGAACACCUCUAUCGGAUCAUUCAACACCUUGUUCCAGCAUCUUUUCGUCUACAGAUGACGAUAGAAAACAUGAACCAAUUGAAACUCAUUCCCCACAAAGACUAUACAGCCAACCGAUUGGUCAGCGGUCUCCUCCAGCUGCCCAACAACACGUCCCUGGUCAUUGAUGAGACUCUUCUAGAGCAGGGGCAGUUGGACACCUCAGGUGUUCAUAAUGUGACUGCCCUGAGCAAUCUGAUAACCUGGCAGAAGGUAGACUAUGACUUCAGUUACCACCAGAUGGAGUUCCCGUGCAACAUCAACGUCCUCAUCACAUCUGAGGGGAGGUCCCUGCUCCCGGCAGACUGCCAGAUUCACUUACAGCCCCAGCUGACCCCACCCAACAUGGAAGAGUACAUGAACAGCCUUCUCUCAGCUGUGCUGCCGUCUGUGCUCAACAAGUUCCGCAUCUACCUGACCCUCCUGAGAUUCCUGGAUUACAACAUCUCAGAUGACAUAACCAAGGCGGUUGAAGAUGACUUCGUGGAAAUGCGUAAAAACGACCCUCAGAGUAUCACAGCAGAUGAUCUCCACCAGCUGCUUGUGGUGGCUCGGUUUCUGUCCCUGAGCGCUGGCCAGACCACACUGUCACGAGAGCGAUGGCUGAGAGCAAAGCAGCUGGAGUCGUCCAGAAAACACAGGCUUCAGCAGCACAAGUGUGUGAACGGGAAUGAGCUUUAGAGUCUGAACUGGAGAAGAACGGGCAAGCUACAGCCUCCGUGCUGCACAGCUCGGAUCUGUUUAUACCAUACUGUUUUAUAGAUGAUUUGUAGGCAAAAAAAACAAUGACUUUUCCUGAAAUCAAGCCUGGUGACACCUAAAGUUUAUAUGAUUCUCUGUAAGGGCUUUUACCUUACUGGUUUUAUGCAGUUUUGGAGUUUGUUUUAUAAUUAGUUAUGAUGUACAAAAAUGUAUUUGAUAUUAAAGGUUUAAUAAUGAUAAUGUUGCUGAUCAUACCAUUUCCUUAGCUGUAGCUACAGCUUAGGCCAGACUCUUGGAGUGCCGGCUUCCCCCAAGCUGUGCAUCCACGCCUGUGUGAGUGCAGUCUGUCUGAGUUUAUCUAGUCGGGACGCACUUGCCAUUCCCCUAGAGCUGCGCAUCCACGCCUGUGUGAGUGCAGUCUGUCUGAGUUUAUCUAGUCGGGACGCACUUGCCAUUCCCCUAGAGCUGCGCAUCCACGCCUGUGUGAGUGCAGUCUGUCUGAGUUUAUCUAGUUGGGACGCACUUGGCAUUCCCCUGGAGCUGUGCAUCCACGCCUGUGUGAAUACUGUCUGUCUGAGUUUAUCUAGUCGGGACGCACUUGGCAUUCCCCUGGAGCUGUGCAUCCACGCCUGUGUGAGUGCAGUCUGUCUGAGUUUAUCUAGUCGGGACGCACUUGGCAUUGAUUCAUGAGCUCUCUAGUGUCAGUAUCCACAUCUGGACAGAUACUUUCCCCCCUUAGCAGCUGUUAAUAACCUGCAGAAGUAGGCUUUUCCAUGAUAGAUGUCCCCAACUUUUAGAUUUCAUACACUAGUAAUACUUCCAGAGAUUUCUGGAGUAGUGUUGCCAAUUGAUUUUGCCAAAAUGUGAUCACCAUUUUGUUUCCAUGAAAGGACACCCUCAGAUGCAGCUCUGUGAUUCAGGUCACUACAUUGUUCUUAGCUCCUCUCACACCCAGCAUUUGGGAACUGUCAUUUUAAGGGACUCUGAAGGGAACCUUGUCCGAGCAUGAAAGACUUGAUUUAAUCUUUUUUUCCGGUGCUGUGUAUUGAACUCUGGCCACUCACAUGAGACGCGUUCUCUACCACUAAGCUGCAUCCUUAGCCUAUUGUGUGUGUGUGUGGGGGGGGGGGUGACUUUGAAUCAUUUUCCUCAUUAUUUAGCUGAUUUGAUGAUCAUGCUGGAUUUUGAGCUUUUAAUAUAAGUUUAUCAGAUAGCUUCCAAGUGUGUUAGAUGGGUAACAUCAUUUGCUAGUGCGGUAAAGGUCCAUACAUUACAAGUAGGCUUCCUCAGACCUAUUCAUUUUGAUAUGCAUAUUUUCAAAUAAAAGUUAUUACUUAUAAUUUGCAAAUUAAUAUAGAAUUGUGGCAACAGUAAUCUUCAGAAAGGUUAGAAUAGUGCUUUUAAGCUCUCUGUGGUGCGCUUGAAGAUGAAUUCAUUUGGAAACAGGUGAGUUCAGUGGUCCCUUAUCUUUUUCCUGCUGAAGAGGCUUGCAUUGACAUUGUUAACCAAGGAAACAGGGUCAGCCUUGAUAAGUCAAGGAAUUAGCCUGAUGAGAGGAAGUACAGACUACUAGUUGUUCAGUGUUCUUUCCUAACCUCAAAUCUAUUUUUCUAAGCUAAUGUAAAUAAUGUUCAUAUUAGAAUUCUAACUGGUUUUCAUUUUUAUAACUGGUAGACAAGCUCUUCCUUAAACCUUUGAAAAUAAGAUGUUCACAUAGAUUUUUGAAAAUACUUUUUUGUCCUAGAACAAAGUUUUUGGUUUGUCUUGUCAAACUGUACCAAUGUAAACUGUAAUUUACCAAAGAGAAGUCAUAAUUUUGCUUGAUCUUACAGAAAAGUUCCCUUGAGUAACCAUGUCCAGUAAAUAAAACUUCAAAUUACCAGUA